CUGCCCCGGCAGCCGGGAGGCGGCGCGGAGGUUCCGCGCCUGCGGUGGGGCGCGGUGCGGGCAGCCCCCGAGCCCAGCCCCGAGCGAUGCCGGCCGCCGCGCCACCGCCGCUGCACCCCGCCGCGGGCUCCUGCUGCCCCUAUGGCCACUGCGCGGGGCGCCAGGCCUUGUUUGACCAUUCGCCACACAACUCGAGCUCAAAAGUAAAAGAGAGGAAGCUACAAGGGACGUGUCCUCCUCUUGGUCGUAGAAGCUAUGGAAAAGCUUGUUUGCACGAAAGCAGUCAGAGGUCCCCGCUUUUUAAUCCCCGCAAUGGUUUUCACACUUUACAUUCAGAGCACAGUCCUGUGAAGCCACGGAUUAUCACAGUGGUGAAACCUGGUGGCCACACGCUCAGGAGGAUAACCUUGCUUCUCAACAGGAGGUCGGUCCAGACCUUCGAGCAGCUGAUGGCCGACAUUUCAGAGGCUCUGGGAUUUCCACGCUGGAAGAAUGACCGUGUGCGAAAGCUUUACAAUCUGAGAGGCAGAGAAAUCCAAAGUGUUUCUGACUUCUUCAGGGAAGGUGAUGCAUUCAUAGCGAUGGGCAGAGAGCCCCUCACCUUGAAGGACCUGGAAGUGGUGUUACAAGAACUUUACCCUGAAAACCCAUACGCUGCCAGUGCCGUCAUUCAGCAGAAUGAGGAGCAGUCCCAGAAGCUGAUGAGCAGGCUGUAUGACAAGGCUUCCAAAGUGGACGGUGGCUUUGAUGAAACAGAAAUUGCCAAGAACUGCAGCAAUGGCAUGUCUCCCAAACUGGCAGCCGGACAUAAAGGGAAAAGUCAAGCCAAGGCAAAGCAAGAGGAAAAGAUGAGAACAAAAAAGAAGUGGAGUAGGGAGGGCUGGGAUGGAGAGCAAGGGGCGAAGCCUUCUAGGAAGAUCCGAGAAAGCGAGAGGUACUUCAGCCGUGAGAGGAGCCCUGAGGAUGGGUUAGAAGAGAGCUCGGAGGAGGUGGUGAGAUGUGAGAAGUGCGAACAGGAAAGGCAGGCCAGGCAGAAGUUAGAACGGGAAAGGCGGGCUGAGGCCUCAUUAGAGAGCAGAGACCUGACCGCGGGUGCGUGUCAGAGGUACCACAUAGAGAGAAAUGCAAAAAUCAGGAACUGCCGGAAAUCCUCAGAAACCUGUCUGGAAGGUGAGGAAGUUGGUUGGAAGGAUAAUAGCUGUAGGAGGACGUGGAAGCCCCUGCUUAGGAAUGUUAGUGAAGGGCUGGAGAAACAAAAAAGGAGCAUCGAGAAGGAAAGGGAUGUGGAGAAACAUGAAAGCCAUGGGAAGGAAGUAGUGAAAAUCAAGAAGAAUGCUGUAGAAGGGCUGCAGCUAACUCGGGAAGCGAAGGAAGAGAAUGGAAGUAGCUGCAUAAUGAACCAAAGUGGUUGGCUAAAGAAAGACACUCCGAGGGAUGCUGAGAAACCAUCUAAAACACAUAGAGAGGGACAAAGAGCUAAAGAGGAGGGUGCCAGAAGAGAGGGGAAUAUCGCAUGUAGAGAGAGUGACCUGACGCGACGAGAGAAAACAGGGGAGCGCAGAGCCAAUAAGGAAGAAAGCAAGGCUCAGGGGUUGGAAGGCACAAGCCGGAGGCAUGCCAUUAAAAACAGAACUGAUGUGGAAAAACACUACGAGAUUGGCAGAACUAUUGGGGAUGGGAACUUUGCAGUGGUGAAGGAAUGUCGCCACUGUGACUCCAACCAGAUCUAUGCCAUGAAAAUCGUUGAUAAAUCCAAGUUGAAGGGGAAAGAGGACAUGAUGGAGAGUGAAAUUCUGAUCAUCAGGAGUCUCUCUCAUCCCAAUAUAGUAAGCUUAAUUGAAGUGUAUGAGACAGAAGCGGAGAUCUACCUAAUCCUAGAGUACGUCCCAGGAGGGGACUUAUUUGAUGCCAUCAUAGAAAGUGUGAAAUUCACAGAGCAUGAUGCUGCUGUCAUGAUCACUGACCUGUGUGAAGCGCUGGUUUAUAUCCACAGCAAGAACAUUGUCCACAGGGACCUCAAACCAGAGAAUCUUUUGGUUCAGCAUAAUGCCGAUAAAUCUACUACACUGAAACUAGCGGAUUUUGGCCUUGCAAAGCAGGUGACGAAACCCAUAUUUACUGUGUGUGGAACACCGACGUAUGUUGCCCCUGAAAUCCUUGCUGAGAAGGGCUAUGGGCUGGAAGUAGAUAUGUGGGCAGCUGGUGUGAUCCUUUACAUUCUGCUCUGCGGUUUUCCCCCUUUUCGCAGUCAGGACCGUGACCAAGAGGAGCUGUUCCAGAUCAUACAGCUGGGUCACUAUGAGUUCCUUUCCCCAUACUGGGACAAUAUUUCUGCAGCAGCAAAAGACCUCAUAACCAGGCUGUUGAUAGUGGAUCCCCAGAAGCGCUACACAGCACGCCAAGUACUGCAGCACCCUUGGAUCAGAACAGCUGGGAAAACCAACAGCAGGAAUUUGCAGAAGGAAGUGACCAUAAACAUUGAGCGUCAUUUCCGGGCCCAGCGCCGGAGGGAAGCUGCUGCUGAGGACACCUGAAACCCCUUCAAGCUUCUUUAGUCUUCUUUCUAUCAUUAAGCAAUUAUUUAUGUUUUCUUUUCUAAAUGAAUCGGGCCUUUAGUGUAUAGCUGUUGCUAGCUAUCACCAUGCCUUUGGGGGUUGUGAUUCUGAAGAAGGACAGAGAUUGAUUGCAUCC